AUGGAAAGCGUUCUUCUUAAAGAACAGGACAUGUAUAAGAAGGCGCAUGAAAUCAUUCCACGCCUUGUUAAAUCAAGGAUGAUUCCACAGCUACCUGUGGACCUCACCAAGGAAGUGCUAUACCCAUCAAGCAGGAGUAAGGGAUUCACUUUCUGUGUAAUAUGCUGCAGACAUAUAAGCGCACGUUUCUUGAACCACAUGAAGACAGCUCAUAAUCAGUUUGAAGCUGGAAGUGACGAAUAUGAGGUACUUGUGCAUGUUUCUAGAGGCGUGACUGAAAAUUGCAAACGUGCAAUCCUGGAUCUAGAUCAAAUCUCCGAUCCAAAAACAUACGAAGAAUGGCAAAUAAUCAACGAAGUGGUGCACCAGAUGCGUUCUAGAGCUGUUCCCAUCUUAGGAAAGACCAAAAUCUGUCCGUAUGCUCGAUUCACAGGAAUGACCAACACACUGCGACUGUGUGAAUCACCAAAUGCGGAGGUUCUCCAAAAUACAUCAGAUAGGAGUGCUGCACCUAUCAUAGCCCAAGCAGAAGAGGUUUCUCGUCACUUUAUAUACUAUCACGCAGGCGACGUGGUUUACAAAGGCGGCCCAAAUGUUCACCCAAUUUUUCUACGAAAACCUAUGACUGAAAUCAUGUUCGCCCAUGAAUAUGAUGACUAUGACACAACUUACACAGAGCAGGCAUUCUCUCUGCCAAAGGGUGCACCGGAGUGGAUGCAGGAAGCCGACGUGAAUAUGGGAUUCUGGAGAAAAAUUAGCUUGCGUAAUCCUAGAAAACAUGUUGCUCUGCAGCAGUACGCAGAAUAUGUUAAAGAGCUGAAAUGCCAUUCAUUUGAAGAAAAGGAUCUGGGCGGGACCCACAGUUAUGUUAUGAAUAUUGCUCGCUUUAUGCUUGUGGCGAUGCGUGCAAGGCAACGGUACGGGAAAGAAGUCACUUUCGAUGAUAUGAUCUUCUCACAUGCUAUUUUCGACGAUUUUUUUGUGGUGCUCAAAACAGCUCACGUUACAUGCUCCACAAGACUCAAAUUUUCAAAAUCAUUACUACACAUGGUCAAGUUUCUGCAGGAGAAAAGUGAUUUCUAUGUUAUUGGAAACAGCUUGAGAAAACAAGCUCUCGAGACUGGGUUCAAACUCCUGAGUCAUCGCAUCAGACUACUUAAAGAGGAAGAGCGAUUCAGGAAAUCACUAGAAGGCAUCGCUUAUGUCCCACGAAAAGCAAACUCCGAAUCCGCCUUCGACUCUCCUCAUUGGAACCGUCUUCUCACCGCGCUUCGCGCUGAUGGAGUCUCAGGAAAGUUCGUUUGCCAACUUGAUGACAUGAACGGACAACUGAAAACCAGCAGGAUGUACAACACCGUUUGA